AUGUCCGAUCAAGACAUUCAUCCAUAUAAAUACAGUGAAUUGCGAAGUAUCUUGAAGUGUUACAAUGAUUUAUAUUAUUCAUUGUAUCAGUUAAAAACCGAAAAAGAAGAAGAAUUAAUUUACAAAAUGAUCAAGACAGAAUUGAUUGAUUCAAUGAUUUGUCGUCCCCAAAAUAUUAUAAAAGAUAUUUUAAAUAUCAUUCCGUAUAAUAAUCGCUAUACAAUGUCAUACUUGGAACUUGCCAAGCGUAUUUUUGAUAAUUAUAAUGUUACAGAGGUUAAAAAUAUUGAAAAUAUUUCGAACAUCCUAUUUUAUAAGGAAUAUGGAAUUGAAUUAGACAAAAUUGAUGAUUUCAGGGAAACUAAAUCAGGAAAUCUCGAUAUUCAUUCAAAAGAUACAAUUUACAGAGCAAUUAUGUAUAAUGACAUAGAAAAAUUCAUUUCAUUCACAGAAAGAGAAGGAUUUGAUAAAGAUAAAAAACUGAAAAGUUUAUUAUAUCCAUACACAUGCAUUGGAUAUUCAUUUCUUGAAUUAUGUUGUUAUCAUGGAGCAGUUAAUUGUUUCAAGUUUUUAAGAACAAAAUUUGGCUCAGAAAUAACUUAUCAAUGCCUUGAAUUAUCAUUCUUAGGAGCAAAUCGCGAGAUCAUGAGUGAAUGUUUGAAAUAUCAGAAACCAAAUAAAAAAUGCAUGAAAUAUGCAAUCUUUUCACACAACAUUGAUUUUGUUACAUUCUUGAUGAAUGAGUAUAAUAUAGAGAUUGAUUUAGAUUUUUGCAAACUUUAUAAUAAUCUUGAAUCAUUUUUAGUUUAUUUCGAUCAUACUAAUCACAUUAACGAAUUAUUUAUUAAUUCAUCGAUGUUCAACAUUCCAUCAUUUUGCCAAUAUUUCCUUUCACAUGGUGUUGAUAUCAAUAAAAAAGAUAAAGAUGGAAACACAGCUCUUCAUGUUGCAGCAAUUAAUAAUAGUAAAGAAACAGCCGAAUUUCUUAUUUCACAUGGCGCAAAUAUCAAUGAAAAAGAUCAAUAUUAUAAUAGACCGUCCGCUCUUCAUAAAGCAGUAGAGUAUGGUAGUAAAGAAAUGGCCAAACUUCUUAUUUUGUGUGGUGCAAAUAUCAAUGAAAAAGAUGAAUAUGAAAACACUGCUCUUCAUUAUGCCACAAUAUAUAAUAGAAGAGAAACAGCCGAAGUUCUUAUUUCCAAUGGUGCAAAUAUCACUAAAAAAGAUUAUAAUAGACAAACUGCUCUUCAUAAAGCAGCAAUAAAUAAUAGAAAGGAAAUUGCCGAACUUCUUAUUUCACAUGGUGCAAAUAUCAAUGAAAAAGAUAUAUAUAAGCAAACCGCUCUUCAUAUAGCGGCACAGAAUAAUAGUAAAGAAACAGUUGAAAUUCUUGUUUCACAUGGUGCAAGUAUCAAUGAAAAAGAUAACGAUGGAAAUACCCCUCUUCAUAUUGCAGCGCAUAAUAAUUAUAAAGAAAUAGCCAAACUUCUUAUAUCACAUGGUGCAAAUAUCAAUGAAAAAAAUAAAUUUGGAAUGACUACUCUUCAUAAUGCAGCAGAGUGUUAUAAUAAAGAAAUGACAGAACUUCUUAUUUCACAUGGUGCAAAUAUCAAUGAAAAAGAUGAAAAAGGACAAACUGCUCUUCAUAUCGCAGCACGCAUUAGUAAAGAUGUGGCCGAACUUCUUAUUUUACAUGGUGCAAAUAUCAAUGAAAAAGAUGAAUAUGAAAACACUGCUCUUCAUAUUGCAGUGUUUAAUGGAUAUAAAGAUAUAACCGGACUUCUUAUUUCACAUGGUGCAAAUAUCAAUGAAAAAGAUGAAUAUGGAUAUACCCCUCUUCAUAUUGCAGCCCACAAUAAUUAUAAAGAAAUAGCCAAAUAUCUUAUUUCACAUGGAGCCAAUAUCAAUGAAAAAAAUAAAUUUGGAAUGACCGCUCUUCACGAAGCAGCUCAGAAAAAUAGUAAAGAAGUAGUUGAAAUUCUUAUUUCACAUGGUGCAAAUAUCAAUGAAAUAGAUAAAGAAGGACAAAUUGCUUUUGAUUUUGCAGCUCUUCACAAUUAUCAUGAAAUAAUCUCACUUCUUAUUUCAAAUCGUGCUUUUUCUCCUAUCCAUACAAAGUUUAAAUUUUAA